AUGUCAUUCAACAACAGCUACGGCGACCAAUUCCAGGGCCAGCCCCAGGGCGAUAUGAACAACCAAACCCCGCAGCCCGGCGACAUGGGUCAGCCCAUGGACGCCUCCGGCAACGGCUUCCCUCCCCAGGGCAACAUGGGCCCGCCAGGCAGCGCUGGUGGCGACGGCCAAGGCCAAGGUGCUGGCAAGACGACUCUCUGGAUGGGUGAACUCGAGCCCUGGAUCGACGAGAACUUUGUGCGCAGCAUCUGGUACAACAUGGGCGAGACCGUCAACGUCAAGAUGAUCCGUGACAAGUUCUCCGGCAAUGCUGGAUAUUGCUUCGUCGACUUCGCGAGCCCUGAUGCCGCGUCCAAGGCCCUUUCCCUCAACGGCCAACUCAUCCCCAACUCCAACCGCCCUUUCAAGCUGAACUGGGCCUCUGGUGGUGGUCUUGCUGACAGGAGCCGCGAUGAGCGUGGUCCCGAGUUCAGCAUAUUCGUCGGAGACUUGGGCCCCGAGGUCACCGAGUUCGUCCUCGUCCAGCUCUUCCAGAACAAGUACCAGUCCACCAAGUCUGCUAAGAUCAUGUCCGACCCCAUCAGUGGUAUGUCGCGCGGCUACGGUUUCGUCCGGUUCGCUAGCGAGGAGGACCAGCAAAAGGCCCUCACCGAGAUGCAGGGCGUUUACUGCGGCAACCGUCCCAUGCGCAUCUCUACCGCCACACCCAAGAACAAGAGCGGCGGUCCCGGAGGUCCUGGCGGCAUGGGCAUGCCACAAGGCGGCGGCGGCCCCGGAAUGGGCAUGUACUCCAUGGGCGCUCCCCCAAUGGGCGGCUACUACGGUGCCCCCCAGCCGAUGAACCAGUUCACCGACCCCAACAACACCACUGUCUUCGUCGGCGGCCUUUCCGGCUACGUUACCGAAGACGAGCUCCGCUCCUUCUUCCAGGGCUUCGGCGAGAUUACUUACGUCAAGAUUCCUCCAGGCAAGGGAUGUGGCUUUGUCCAGUUCGUUCAGCGCCAUGCUGCUGAGAUGGCCAUCAACCAGAUGCAGGGCUACCCGAUUGGCAACUCUCGCGUUCGUCUCAGCUGGGGUCGCUCACAGAACAACUCCGGCCCAGCUGGCACCCCUUACCGCCCUGCGCCACCUCCACCAGUUCCCUUUGGCCCAGGCAUGGGUAUGCCUCCGCAACACCCCUACGGUGGUGGCGGCGGUUACGGUCCGAUGAUGAAGGCUGGCCAGCCCUCGCCUUACCCACCUUCGAUGAACACCAACCUAGGUGGCUCGCGACCCAGCAGUCAGAGCGCAGGCCCUCCGACCAACCCCGCCAACGGCCAGACUGGUAACCCAAGCGGUCAAAACGGCACUCCCACCUUCGGAAACUUUGGCCGCUUUGUCUCACCCCCUCCUAACGGCGCCAACGGUUCUGGCUUCGGAUCGUCCGACUUCGGCGGUGCCUUCUCGCAGCAAUUUCCUCCGCAGUAG